AUGGCUCAAAAACGAACCACCGGAGGCCGAGGCAAAGGCAAGAGCCUUGCAAGUCAAGUCAUGAGUCGAGCGGCAACUGCUAAAACCCCCCGUGUGGUUCUCCUAGCAGGAAAGAGGCCACCUUCUGAACCGGAGAAGAAAAAGCGUCGCUUGAAGCCAGGAACUAUGUCCCACACUGAUACAUCUCUUGUUACAUUAACACUAACGAUAUUCAAAGCUCGUGCCCUUCGAGAAGUCAGGAGAUAUCAAAAGAGUGACCGACUACUUAUCCCAAAGGCACCUUUUCGACGACUAGUCAGGGAUCUGACCCUCGACCAUAUGCUGAAUGCACGAUUCCAAGCGUCGGCGAUUGAGGUAUUACAAGAAGCUUCCGAGGCAUUCCUUGUUGGAGUUCUCGAAGAUUCAAAUCUCUGUGCUAUCCAUGCCAAACGCGUCACUCUCCAGACUAAGGAUAUGCAGCUAGCUCUUCGAAUUCGAUGUGGCUUGCGUACUGGUGAAGGAGGGAACCCCCUCUUUCAUCUCACGGGGAUCAAAUAA